CAUUCUCAUGAAAACUUGGAGCUGUUGGGUUGGGUCUUUUCUAAUGAAUUGGGCUGCCAACUACUCAAUGAUUAAUGAGCCUGGUGGGGUUAAUUAUUUGUCCGUGCGUGAAAAAUGCUUGUUCAGCGCUUGUAUCCUAAUGCAUCCGUAUCUCUGGUGGAAUCUCGCUGGCCAUGUUCUCCAACAGCAGAAGGACUGGCAUGGAGGGGCUGUUGUUGAAAUUUAAUUGGUAACCAUGGUGAUCGAGGGGGUUUGAGAUCACUGAAGCGUCACAGAGAACAUUCAAAGAGAAGCUUCAUAAAUGAUAAGCGUCAGAACCGCUUGAGCACCUGAUCGAUCGGUUAUGAGUUAUGGCUUCGUCGCCACUCUACCUCACUGUCUACAUCUUUCUGGUGAUGCUGGGGAACUUGGGGAAUGCUACGGUCAUCGGAGUUGUCGGAGAAAGCAUUCUGCGCGAUCCGGGAGCCGUCCGCAGCUCGGAUGUGAUUUUGGUCAACAUGGCUUUCUCUAACCUGAUGGUGUCGUUGACGAGAAACUCGCUUUUGGUGGUCUCCGACCUGGGAAUACAGAUAUUCCUCAAUAAAAACUGGUGUCGUUUCAUGAUGGGCAUCUGGGUUUGGUUGCGCUCUGCAAACGUUUGGUCGACGUUCUUUGUCAGCGCAUUUCAUUUUCAAACCCUGCGUCGGGUCUCCCCACCCAUCAUCAAUCUACACGGCCCACGUAAGCUUCCAAAGUCCCUCAUACUUGGGUUCUUCCUCCUCUGGAGUCUCAAUCUGAUCUACUCCAUCCCAGCAUUUUCCUUCUCCAUAAACGGAGGCGCGAAUUCCACUGAGACUUUAAUGUUGGUAAGCAGCACAACUCGGCCAUUGCUCGGUUGCAUCUGGGACUUUCCGACUCCCGCCAGUGGCCUGGCCUUUGCCACCUCUUCUAUGGUGAUACAUGAGACCAUUCCCAUCAUCCUGAUGAGUAUCACUAAUCUGGGAUCUCUGCUGGCGCUGUAUUCCCACGGACUCACACGGAUCGCUGCUCAUAAGAGUCAAGAUGCACCUGUAGCCAGCCGGAUCCCUGCAGAGAGGCGGGCAGCUAAGGUGAUUCUGGCUCUGAAUAUGCUCUUCAUCGCAUCAUGGGGCACCAGCGUCAUUUCUGUUAAUUACUUCAAUUAUAAUCGCGGAUCUUCAACUGAGUUCCUGCUGAUCGUCGCCCGUAUCGGAAACAUCACCUUCAUCGCUCUGUCACCCAUCAUCCUCGCUGUGGGACACAGGAGACUCCGGGCAUUCAUAAAGUCAGUCCUGUCUCACAUACUAUAUCUAAAGCCUGUCUGUUCAGGAAGAACAUGAGAGAGAGACAGAUGUCUGUCUGUUGUUUACUGUAUCAUGAUGUUACUAAAGUCUGUUUUAUGUAUCGCAUUUGAAUUUGAGUUUUUCUUUUCAAUAAAGUUGCAUUUCGUGUCUGACUCAAA